ACAAAAAUAUUGACAAGAAGAAAUGUCCCCCAGGCGGCUGCCCGCAAGAGGCAGCGUAGAAGAAACCUUUUGGACGGCGGACUGACUACUGAUCGCCCUCUCUCACUCUCUCUCUCUCUCCUCUGGGAGAGAUGGAGAGGCCUAAUUGGAGUCUUCAUCCCACCUUGCAAAUCCAAUCCCUCAACUCUAUCAUCGUUGCUACGAUUUCUUGUUUCGCCUUUCUGAUUCUUCUCGUUUCAGGGUUCCUCGAAUUCCCACCUAUCUCCUCUUCGGUACCAUUUAUUCGCGAUUCGAAAUCAGCAGUUGAGCGCAACCCAUAUCCUUUUGGGGAUUUGUUGGGUGCUUACAGAAAAUGGGAUUCUUCGGUGGGUUGUGCUCAGUUUAGGGAAAAGCAUACACAAUCGGCUUCAAAUAGUUCCUCUUCUCCUUUUACUUCUGCUCUGCAGGAUGUUGAUGGUUUUAUUGACUGUGGAGCGAUGAAGAUGAAACAUGUUAGUAUUCUUGUUAAAGGGUGGACUUGGAUUCCUGAUAAUCUUGAUAAUUUGUAUUCUUGCCGAUGUGGGUUGAGCUGCUUGUGGACCAAGUCCCCUGUUUUGGCUGAUAAGGCUGACGCAUUUCUGUUCGAGACCAUUACACCUCCACCCAAGAGAAGAGAAGGUGAUCCACUUCGGGUAUAUAUGGACCUUGAAGCUGGGAGGAAACGGUCUGGUCAUGAGGAUAUUUUUAUUAGUUAUCACCCUGAUGAUGAUGUGCAGUCAACUUAUGCUGGUGCCCUGUUCCAUAACAAUCGAAAUUAUCACCUGUCCUCUUAUAAAAACACUGAGACACUUGUUUACUGGUCUUCCUCAAGGUGCCUUCCCCGAAGAAACAGACUUGCCCAGAGUCUUCUCAAAUUGUUGCCUCACCACUCUUUCGGCAAGUGCCUGAACAAUGUUGGAGGCCUGGAUAUGGCACUUGUUCAAUACCCUGAUUGUGCAAAUGACAUCAAGUCCUCUCCAAAAUGGUGGGAUCAUCUACACUGUGCUAUGUCUCACUACAAGUUUGUCCUUGCAAUUGAGAACACCAUGACUGAGAGCUACGUAACUGAGAAGCUAUUUUAUGCCCUAGAUUCAGGUGCAGUUCCCAUCUACUUUGGGGCUCCAAAUGUGUGGGACUUUGUUCCACCACAUUCAAUUAUAGAUGGGACUAAGUUCAGAUCCAUGGAGGAACUGGCUUCCUAUGUGAAGGCCCUUGCAAAUGACCCUGUUGCCUAUGCAGAAUAUCAUGCUUGGAGGCGAUGUGGUGUUUUAGGUAAUUAUGGGAAGACCCGUGCAGCGAGCCUGGACACAUUGCCAUGCCGGCUGUGUGAACUUGUAAGUAGUAAAGGUGGCAGAAAUUAUACAACAUUAUGAAAGUCUAGUUUUUUCAUUCAAUCCUCUCCCCUCCCCCUCCCCCCCCCCCCCUCCCUCUUUCUUCUCUUUAGGUUUUGUAAUUUGUUAUUGUAGAAUGUAUAGAGGAACACUGAUUGUCAUUUCUGAAAUAACUGGAUGUGAUGAAUCUUUUUGAAGUUUUAGUGAAAUUUUUGUCGAAUUUGGGUUUUAAAUUUAAA